AUGACGUCACAGCUCACAAGCAAAAUGGCGACCACUGCUGAGUUGACGCUUGAAAGAGAUGUCUCAAGAGCUAUUGCGCUUCUUCAACAUCUUCAACAGGCUCGUGAUAUACCUUCGCCAAAACUCAUAGCACUUCAAAAGGUUCUGGAGAGUGAGUUCUUCACCGCAGUGCGAGAAGUUUACGAGCACGUCUACGAGACGGUGGACAUACAGGGUGAUCCGGAGAUAAGAGCGAAUGCAACGGCAAAAGCAACAGUAGCAGCCUUCGCAGCAAGUGAAGGCCACGCCCAUCCUCGUGUCGUCGAACUCCCCAAGACAGAUGAGGGGCUUGGCUUCAACGUAAUGGGGGGCCGGGAGCAGAACUCACCCAUCUACAUCUCAAGAAUCAUCCCCGGUGGCGUGGCGGACCGACACAGAGGGCUGAAGAGAGGAGACCAGUUGUUGUCCGUCAACGGAAUUUCCGUUGAAGGAGAACAACAUGAAAAAGCUGUAGAACUUUUGAAAUCGGCCAAGGACAGGGUCAAGCUUGUCGUUCGAUACACACCGAAGGUUUUGGAAGAGAUGGAAGCAAGAUUUGACCGACAAAGGGCAGCGCGCCGACAUAACAUCAACCAAAUGAGUCCAGACAGUGUGUAAUUUCUACCAAUAUAUUCUUCAUCAUCAAGUGUUGUGGGUUUGUGGUCUCAAUAAGUCACGCGUUAUCGUCAUCGUAUGUGCCCUAACUGUAUGUAAACUUUCUGGAUUUUCACGAUUUUUAACAUUAAUUAGUAUUCAAAAAAAGGUAUUACGUUAAGUAUGUCAUCUGACUAUGGAGUGCGCUGUACAAAUUUGAAGAUUGGCGCAGAUUGAGUGGACAUUUUUUUUUUUUUUUCCAUUUUUUUUAUGUGUCUCGAGUAGAAUUGUCUCAUAGGGCAACCAUCCGUUUUUUUAUUUAGAUGGAUUGGUUAAAAAGAAUUUGAAUUUAAAGUUAGCAGCAAUUUCCGUUAGAGGGCGCUUUGUCGAUUCAAAGUUAACGCAUUUGAUUCAUUGAUAGUUAUGAUUUAAAGAUGUAAAUACUUACCUGAGGAUUUGUAGAUCAUCAAAUUUAUUUCUUUUCAUUUUCCUUUUUUUUAUAUCAAUCAAAAUAUUUAUUACCGAGUGUCAUGAUACUAUAUAUAAACGUUUAUCAGCAUUGAAGGAAUUAACCCUCCUACUGUGUGACCAUUUAUUAUAAUUACUGCCUGUGGUUUUGAAUGAUAUAAACUCUGCCAACCUGCAAUAAUGAUACCUUAAGUUGUGAAUGCAUCUACACUACAUAGUCAACCCUCCUACUGUCAGACUUUUCAAAAUCAUCCACUUUGGUUUUGAAUUCUGGAUAAAUGAGCCCAGACGGGUAAGUCAACCUUUCUACUGUGUGACCUUUUAAUAUUAUCCACUGUGGUUUUAAAUGAUAGAUAAAUUAUACCAGCCUGCAAUACGAUAACAUGUGGUGAAUGCAUAUUACACAGUACACAGUCAGUUCUGUGCACAGUUGUGCCACCAUACAGUUGAAUGGUUUCAAAUGGUCGGUCAACUUGCUGGAAAACAAUCCCAAGAGUAGGAGGUUUAAUACCAUGUAGACAUUAGGUAUAAAGGAUGCCAGGCAGGAUCUGGCAAUAAUAGCGUGUCUAAAAGUUUUUUGUAAAUUUUAAAGGCGUCAAAAUUGCUGACUUCUACAUAUUUUACAUGACAGAAAAGAAGGGCCAGGGCUCGAAAAAAACAUUGUACUUCAAGCCAUAGGUCAAUGAUUUUAACACAAGGGCCAUUUAACUUCAGGCCAGACUUUGGUCUUGUGUUUUUCAAAUGAAUAACAAUGCUUCACUGUGUAUUAUCUUUAAUGGGGAAAAAACAGGGCAGCUGCACUGUUCUUGUCUUGUUUUGGUGUGGAGGAAAGGGUGCGGCAAAUGGCUAUUCCCUGGGUGUUUGCAAGGGUUGGCAAUUCUAGUCUGAACAGCACAACCAUAUUGUUCUUGUCUUGUUUGGGUGUUGAGGAAAGAAAGGGUGCGGCAGCAAAAAGGGGAGGGAGGGGUGCCUUUGUCAUCUCCCAAUUAUCCAUGAACAAAAUUUUGACAUCUUAAGUAUGUGUCACCAAGUAUACUUAGCAAGUCUAGAAGAAGCGAUUGUCAUUUUGUUCAAGAAUUGAUGACCCCGACGUUGCUUCUCAAAACAAACGCUUGGUUUUGUUUUGACGUCAUUCCCAAGGAUGUGGGGAAUUGUCGUUAAACAGUAAGUCGUUUGUUCAGAAAGAUUUUGGGAAGUCGUUAAUUUGUAGAAGCUUCCUCUAUAGAUGGACUCCACCUUUAAGGGACAAAUUAAAGGAGCACUCUCUGGCACCUUAUUUGAGCUUUUAAGAUCGAAUCUUUGAAAUCAUUUACUUUUAAAUGAUUUUGGGGUUGAACAAAGAAUGUUGACUAGAGUGGGAAUCGAACCAACGACCUCCGGAUUAACUUG